UGGUACGCGCCGCUAAAUAACAAAUAAAUUGUUCGUACCUAUAUAACUUAAUUAACGGCACCUCUAAUUUGAAUUAUAUAAUGACGUCGAAAGAGGGAAGCGACAAAUCGAAGGCCACUCAGGGUGCGGGGGACAGCAAAGAGAAACGAAGAAAGGAGUCUAUCUUAGAUUUGAGCAAGUACCUCGAGAAAAGUAUUCGCGUGAAGUUCGCUGGUGGACGAGAAGCGGCGGGAAUCCUUAAAGGCUAUGAUCCUUUACUUAACCUUGUAUUGGACAAUACCACAGAAUAUCUUAGAGAUCCUGAUGACCCCUACAAAUUACUUGAUGACACAAGAGCAUUAGGCCUAGUAGUCUGUCGUGGAACAUCAGUGGUCCUAAUCUGCCCUAUGGAUGGAAUGGAGGCCAUACCAAACCCUUUCAUAACACAGGAAGGAUAGUUUUGUGCUUAUUAAUGUGAUUGAACAAUAUAAGUGUAAUUUUAAGUAAAUUUAAGAUAAUUUUGUGUUUUCUUUUGUUUAUAACAUAAGAGAUACAUUAACAUUUUUAAGUUGUUUCUUUUAUUGUUUAUUUUUUGGGUGUAGGCACAUUUAUUGAAAUAAAAAGAAGUCACAAAGUGAAGAAGUGCGUCUGUGCAACCGUCUUUUCAGCAGCAGACACU